CUUCGCAGCGUACGGACUCAAACAGUGGAAAUGAUUCCCUUGGCCAUUGUCACAUUGUAAGUAGCUUUUCUAGAGAAUAUCGUCUUUACAAGUAGGCAUGUUAUUCUAAAACUUACAGUGAGAACAUAAUCCUACGAGAUGAAAGAUCAACAAAACGAUUUUGUGUUUUUCUGUUUUCAUUGUAACUCUCUCGUGUUCUUUGUCUCUCCACAGAACAAGCAUUCUUGGCAUAGCGUUUACUAACGUUUCCGCUGGUAAGAACUAGACAAUAAUCCCUGUAUUAAAUAAUAGAACGCGCUAGUAGAAUUUCGUGUUGUUAACAGGAAACUUAGACCUGAAAGCUUGUGGGCUUGUGUCAUUGAUUUUAUAAUCCUUUUGCCUUUGUCGGAUUUAUUUUUCAAUUCAAACGUGCGGCCUGGCACAGUGAAAUAUUUCAGUUGUGUUUGGCUUUUCUCCCACGAAAACAAAAAAAAUGAAGAAUGAUGAAGACUUGCCAGGUUGCUUCAUUGACCAAGCUAAGUGACCGUAGAGCGACUUCCAGGGAUCAAGGCAAAGGAGUCCUCGACUAAGCUACCCAGUAGCUUGCAAGCAAGCUAUCCUAUUUGGACGAGCGAAACCAGCCGCGCGAGAAGGUACCGUGUGAGAACGCGCGAGCGAGCGGCGAAGCGUGCCUCUCGCGCGUGUACUUUUCACGAUGUCCCCCAAAUGGAGAGUAGCUAGUCAACCGUCACCCCGGCAGAGUGGAUAGGUAUUUUGGGGUAGCGUCUUUACAAUAUGAACGUUGUCUCACUUAGGGAUGUAACUUACUUGUUUACUUAUUUAUUUAUUCAUUUAUUUUGUUGGUGAACCACCUCGUAAUAAAGGCUUUUCUUUAGAAAAUGAGAGGGACGGGAAAUGCCCUGGGAAUCUGGUUGUUUUGUUAGGAUUGGUCAUAUUUAGUGAUAGGCCUCUCGGUUACUCUACCUUUUCCUUGGAAAGGAGGUUCUUUCUGUACUCCAAAGUAAAAUAAACAUUAUUUCUUAUUUAUUUUUUAAUAAAAUAAACUAAAUACAGAUAAGUAAGUAGAGACUAUAACGGGGAGUUACCCCAGAAGCGUAAGCCCUCUAAUGCGAUUGAUCUCAAGGAAUUUCUUAUCGUAUGGCGCUAUUACGGACGGACUCUCAAUAUUAAGGACACUUAGUUAAGGUAAAAAAAAAAACCACUGCAAAAACGUGUACGAACAAUCUUGCUCAACGUCGGAUCCAAAAAGAUCGUGAUCAGUCAUAAUAUAUAAAAUUGAAAAUGUUACAGUCAAGAAGACUUCAGCAGGGACUGAUCAAACAACGUGAAAUAGAGUUAUUAUUGAGAUAUUUCUUAAAAAGACAAGAUAACAAAAAAAUAAAAGAUAUACUAUAUCUAUAUAUAGUUACAGUUCAUCACGUUUAUUGAUGAACUGUAACUAUAUAUAGUAUAUCUUGUGAUGAACUGUAACUAUAUAUAGAUAUAGUAUAUCUUUUAUUUUUUUGUUAUCUUGUCUUGAGUAACCACACCAUACCACGUCAUAUUAUGUAAUUUCCGGUCAUUAUUUUACUUCAUAUAUAUUUCUGUAAAUUCGUGAUAUCUCAAUAAACCUGAUGAAGACUGGUAUUGGCCAGUCGAAAUAUCGCAACUUAUGUCUAUUUCACGUUGUUUGAUCAGUCCCAGCAAAAGUCUUCUUGACUGUAACAUUUUCAAUUAAGGACACUAACUCACGGUCCAAAGGGUGCCCCAGAGGUUCUUUGCAAUAUUUAGUGACCUGCGUCGCAGGCUAAGCGUUAAUAAGAGAAGAGGAAGGGCGGCAAAAUCAGGUCCUUGCCAACUUCGGGAGGAAGAGGAGGGCUUGCCACGCAGACCAACAGUUGGCAACGUGGUCAUGAUUGAUCACGAGUGCUGGACCGGGUCAUUGCGGGCGAGAAGAGGAGCCCGCAAUCCUAAUCUCCAGCAGUUAUGGGCUCCUGUCUCCAGGUUGUUAUUACGCAUGCAUCGCAUGUAAGUAGCCAGCAUUCGUUUGGACUUCCAUUAAGAAUGUAUGGAAUGUACAGAACGUACUUUGAACACGCGCGUUUGGAUAUUCUAACACUCGUCAUCUGAUCAAGUGUGUUUUGACCAUUUGUCACGUGGAACUUACGCAAAGCACAGCGCUGGAGCAAAAGCGUUUUGACCUUCGAUCGUUGUCACCUGCACUCCGUAACCUUUGGUUAUUACUAGUUUGUAAGCCUAAAAUGAGUAAUUUGUUUUAAAACUUGACAAGCUGUCUCGAUCUCGAAAGGAGGGAUAUUUUUGUUUACAACUUGUAAUGAAUAGCAAAAUAAUGAAUGGAAAAUCGCACAUACAGUUGUAGUUCUCAAACAGCUGAAAGAACGCAGCUGGCAUGCAACCUCAUUCCCAGGGUCCCGAGUAGGUGAAGACCCAGGGAACGAGGUUGAUCUGGCGUGUAGGCCACAAGUGACUCCAUGAUAAUCCUAAAGUCACUUGGUUUAUUUCCUGUGGUUUAUCAUCAGAACAAUUUAAACCAAUUAGAACUAAAAUUUAUCGCUGAAUAAAACAAAAAAACAAACAAUUUAGUUGCCGAACUUCUCUCUGGUCUCUCAUCGUGUCACAACGACACAAGCAUCUUUCUUCCAAAAUUAAUUUUAUUCCCUUGCUUAUUUGGGUUAUAUUGAAACAGGCUACAAAACCUCGGUAGAAGUGACUUGGAUUGUCUUGCAUUCACUCAGAUCAUUACCUAUGAAAGAACUCGUGAAAGUCAGAGAAUUUCCACGCAGAGGGCUUAUAAAACCCUUAUAAAGUAUGCAUCAUUUCUUACGCGGUCAAACUGCGUUCUUAAGAGUGAGACUUGGAAAAUGUCUUCGUCAUUGGAUCCUAUUAUUAAACGGGUCGAAGUUACAUCAAGGUCCUGUUUCAUACAAAACAUGAAGGCCGGAAUAUCAACGAACGAACGACCGAAUGGAUGGAUGGAUGAAUGAAUGAGUGAGUGAGUGAGUGAGUGAGUGAGUGAGUGAGUGAGUGAGUGAAUGAAUGAAUGAGUGAAUGAAUGAAUGAAUGAAUGAAUGAAUGGAUGGAUGGAUGGAUGGAUGGAUGAAUGAAUGAAUGAAUGAAUGAAUGAAUGAAUGAAUGAAUGAAUGAAUGAAUGAAUGGAUGGAUGAAUGAAUGAAUGGAUGGAUGAAUGAAUGAAUGAAUGAAUGAAUGAAUAGAAUGAAUGAAUGAAUGAAUGAAUGAAUGAAUGAAUGAAUGAAUGAAUGAAUGAAUGAAUGAAUGGAUGGAUGAAUGAAUGAAUAGUUGGAUGAAUGAAUGAAUGAAUGAAUGAAUGAAUAGUUGGAUGAAUGACUGAAUGACUGAAUGAAUGAAUGAAUGAAUGAAUGAAUGAAUGAAUGAAUGAAUGAAUGAAUGAAUGAAUGAAUGAGUGAAUGGAUGAAUGAAUGAAUGAAUGAAUGAAUGGAUGGAUGGAUGGAUGAAUGAAUGAGUGAAUGACUGACUGACUGACUGACUGAAUGAAUGAAUGAAUGAAUGAAUGAGAGAAUGAAUGAAUAGUUGGAUGAAUGACUGAAUGAAUGAAUGAAUGAAUGAAUGAAUGAAUGAAUGAAAGAAUGAAUGAAUAGUUGGAUGGAUGAAUGAAUGAAUGAAUGGAUGAAUGAAUGAAUGAAUGAAUGAAUGAAUGAAUGAAUGAAUGAAUGAAUGAAUGAAUGAAUGAAUGAAUGAAUGAAUGAAUGAAUGAAUGAAUAGUUGGAUGAAUGACUGAAUGAAUAGACCGAUGAAUGAAUGGAUGGACGAAGAAUCAACAAUUUCACACAAACAUUAGGAAUCGAGUUACUUUAACCCUUUAAGCCCCAAGAUCCACAUACAAAUUCUCCAGACUGAUCUCCGUACAUUUCUUGUAAUAAUGGUUGAGAGAAUUUGGUUUAUGAUCAAAACAUUCUUCCUUUGGUGAUCAAUUUAGUAAUUCUCAUAACCUUUACUCUUGAUGAUCUGCUGAUGUUGUUAGGAGAAAAUUGAUAUUGGUCACUCUUGGGACCUAGAGGGUUGAGCAUGUUAUUCUUUUCCAUUCAGGUAAAUGCCAGCGUAAGAUCACUCAGUUAUCAGGACAGUCUGGUACCAUAGAAUCACCGGGUUACCCACACAGCUAUGAUCCUGCACAGACCUGUAUAUGGCAGAUAAAAGUUAACACAGGAUUCAGAGUUCACAUUCAUUUUGACGCACGCUUCGAUGUCAGCAGGACUCCAGCCUGUCGGGACGAGUAUGUUUUGAUCAGUACCCGAAAACAGAGAUUUACUGACUUUAAUGUUGUUCGCAAUAAAAAGGAUUCGGUGGUUUUCUGUGGCAACCAAAAGCCCAGCAAUGUCACAUCUCCUGCUAAUGAGUUGUGGAUACGUUUCAAAUCAAAGUCUGGUGGCCGGAGUGGGUUUAGAGCAUGGUUUGGAGCAGAGGGUACGUGGUUAUGGGGGGAAGGGAUCCAGAUUUCUUCCUUUCUUUCUUUCUUUCUUUUUUUCAUUCAGCGGUGUAUACUCAUUCUAAUUUGAAAGUUUCAAUUAUCUUUCUGAAUAUCUGAAAACUUUAUAUAUAAAAAUACUGCUCUUUAGUCCAACCUUCGUUUCCAGGGUUAUUUGCUACAUGUCCCUGCGGAGCGAGAGACAGGGACGGGUAGGAGGGGACCCUGGGAACGAGUGUGUCUGUAGUCUUGACGUUUGGAGUUAUUUGCCGAAUAUGUUCAAAUUUUUGUCCAAAGGCUCAGAAAUCCUGAAAAGGACGGGGGGGUUACUUUGAGUUAAUUUUUGCUGGGUAUGUGCCGCUGGCCUAUCAGAACCCCUACCCCAUUAUAGUGUAAUCUGUGGCCAUGUUAUAGACCGCAUCUUAGUCACUUUUGGAAAAAAGUAAUUUUCGCGAUCCCAACUUAGUCACUUUCUGUUUAAGCAUCUACCUUAUAAAGCCUUUUAACUAAGUCAUCCUGAAAUAAACUGACACAUUUGCUAAACUUAAUGUGGUGUAAAUCUUUCUAUUUUAAAAUCCCUACAUAUCUAAAUUUUCUUUCCCCCAAAAUCCUGACCAUGUGUGACCCCAUUCCAGUUAAAAAUGCAACCCCAUGAUAGUCAAUCCAGUCGUGAAAAUGCGACCGCAUCCAGCUGCAAAUCCCCAUUAGCCUAUUACUAGGAAGUACCCUCCCCCCCCGGGUCAAAAUACAUGACAACAAUGUAAACAGGUGUUCAAUCUUUUCCCGUUUUUUAUGCUUACGCGACCUCGAGCUACCGGAGGAUUGAAAAAUACACCAAAAUUUAUAUCAUGUAAAGAAAGUUUGUGAGUUGUUCUCCUUCUUAACCUUCUCAAUCCCAGUCUGUGGGCGAGAUGAUGUUGUGACCAUUCAAAUCGAGCUAAUGCAUGAAGUCUCUCUGUUGGUAAUUUAAUGGUUCUAUGUGUUUUGCAGCUCUUUACUGAAUAAAAUUUGUAUUUUUUUUUGUCCAGUUUUGGCUUUGACCACUUAUUGGAACGAAAAUGUUUAACAUUAAAGUCAUUAUUAAAAAAUAUCCUAUUAGAUAUUGAUGAGUGCACAGAGCGGAAGAAUGGCGGCUGCCAUCACAACUGUGUGAAUACCCCAGGGAGCUUUCGAUGCAAAUGUCGAUCAGGGUUCCGCCUUGUUCCUAAAGAAAGCAAAUGCGUUGGUGAGUAACUCGACUCAGUUGAAGUUUUUAUAUAAGAUCUGAAAGGGCCUUAGUGCUGUCAUUUAUUAAUUCAGUCAUUAUUAUUAUUUAUUGUUAAAUGCUUAACAGCUAAGCAGCUAACACCCAAAGGGAGCUUCCGACAUGGGCAAAAGAGUUUAUCAAAAUAACCAUCCACCUAUACCCUGCGCGAACUCAUUUCUUGGCCAUUCAUCGAGCCUGCUUAAUCGCUAACCUUCUUUCUUCUUGUAUUCCAGAGGACAUCGCAAUUUCAUUCUCCAAGAAGCGUUAUCGUUCAUCAGUACAGAUCACGGCCCCGCCUGGCACUUCCAUUCUUACAAUUCGAGCCAGUGCCAGGAAUUCCCGAAGAGCAUUCGAUUAUUCCAUUGUAUCUGUGAAUAAAAAGCCUUACAAUGAUAAAACCGCAUUUUUUGAAGUGAACCCAUCGACAGGUACCGUACUUCUUGAACUAUUUCCUGAUUUAUACAUUUAUUUGUUGGGAAUAUAAAAAGUUAUGUCAGUGGGCAUGUCUUAAGCUGCUAUGUUAAACACCUAAAAAGAGGUCCACUCAAAGCGUAAAUAAAACCGAGUGGUUCUUUCUUCCCGGAUCUCUAAUGUAGAGAUGCUUUUGCCAGACGUCAUGACUUGAAGUGGGAAUUUUAAAAAAACUGAAUGCGAGGCUGGCAAUAUGGUAAGGUGUUGAUUUAUUUGAAGGCAAUGUUUCGGCUAACAAAAUUAGCCUUCCUCAGGGCCAGAACUGUACCUUAUCGACUACCUUGUUGUAUAAUUAUUUACCUGUCUAUCGUACUAUCUAUUGUUCUCAUUUUAGUUUAUCGUUAGAGACCUUUAGAUUCGAGGACGAGAACGACUACGAGUACGAGAUUUGAUUUCAAGUUUUUUCACGUAUUGUCAAAAGAUAGACACCCCGGAAUUCUUCAUUGUACUUUUUUUUCACCAGGAAAGUCAGUAAAGUUAGCACUGUUAUCGUUAUAUAUUGAAGGAGGUUAAGACCUCUCCCGAUUGCAAAAUGCUAAAACUUCCAACAUUUCAUAACUUGUUCCCGCAACUACGACAUUAAAACUCGUAGUAGAAUGACGACGGCUACCACGUUUUCCCGCCAAAAUUACGCUGGCUCACGCGCGAGCAGUACUUACUACUGAGAGAAUCUCGUACUCGUAGUUGUUCUCGUCUUACGCCCCGUGCAAACGGACGCAGCAUCGUUGGCCAACAACUCCCAACUUUGUUGGAUGUUACAUGUUGCGCCCGUUUGUAUUCCCUGUUGCAUGUUGUUGGAUGUUGCUGCGUGUUGUUUCGCAAAGUUUGAAACCGGUCAAACUUUUAGCUACGUGCAAACGGACGCAACAACUUCUAACAAUGCUCAGGGAGUUGUUGGCCAACAGUGUUGCAUCCGUUUGCACAGGGGUUUAGAAUCUAAAGUUCCCUAUUAAUCUGUUAUGUAAAUUUAAAUUCAAAUCUUAGGAGCCUUUAUAGUAUUCUCUUUCAGUGUAGCUCUGGCCCUGAGAAAGGCUAAUUUUUUUAUUGGCCACCCAUUUGGCCUCAAAUAAAUCAGCCCUUUUCCAUAUUCCAGCCUUGCAUUCAGUUUUGUUUUAAUUCUCAUUUACAUACUUAUAAACAAUAACAAAGGAAAAGGAAACAAGAGGACCAAAGCAGUAAGGAGAAACAAAAAGGUUGUACGACGAUCAUAGGUAGAUGGGGGCAGGAAUAGUGCUGUAUAGACCUCGCCUCCCACCAAUGCAGCCUCCAGAUCGGCCGCAUCGACAUGCCACAUGCGGGUUGAGCUUGUUCUCUCCUCCGACUGGUUUUUCGUCUGGUUACCUGGUUCGCCCCUCUCUCAUAAGUAAACAUUCCAAAUUCAAAUUCGAUCACGAAAAGUAGGCUCGAUUACCAACCGCUGUUCGGGAAAUGAGCCGGCGCCCCACCAGCGGAAAUCGAGCCUAUCAGGAAAGUGUCUCAAAUUAUUUGUGGGCACUUUGAAAAAUGACCCUAGUAUUCUGAGCAUUCUCCCAAAGUCGAACACUCUUGUAUCUCAGACAUUUCUAGUGAUCAAUUUUAGGGAAGAGUUUCGUCUUACGGUUGAUCCACAGCAAAGGGGUGAGGCUUGUCCGUGACCUCUGAUCUAACUACUAUUCAUAUACAAUAAAGUAAAGACACUUACUGUCGUCUCCUCAUCCACGACAUCACCAUUACCAUGAAAGUUUUUUAUUCCAGUUUAGGUAAUCCUUCACCGUAUUACGACAGUUUGUCUUUCUGUGUGUCGUUAUUUUUGUCUCUCUCCCUCUGUUCAGGCACAGUUUCCGUUCGCCGCAAACUCCAGAGGAAGUCUAACUAUCGCCUGCGAGUGAAGGCAAGCAUUGAUAAUGUCGUUUCAGGUUAUGUCAUGGUCAUUAUCAGAGUUACAAGCGCGCAAAAGAGACGACCCCAACCGAGGGGGAAUCAAGGCUUAAAAUUCCCCAGUCCUAUAUACUCUGUUAUUAUCCCGUGCAGCAUGGUCGUCGGACAGACCAUCCUGCACCUGCGCGUAGAAAAAAGCAAACACUUAAAGAACUCAACUGUACGCUAUAGAUUGCAGUCUAUAGAUCCUUUUCACGGAAAACCUCAUUUUAGUCUGCACCCCGCGAAAGGCUUUCUCAGAAUUAGCAGAGAACUCACAGAACUGGUCUCUGGUGAUAAAGCCUCAAGCUUCGUGCUACAAGUUGUCGCUCGGACUCAAGAAAAACCAAAUGUGUUCGAGUCGACGCAGGUGUCUGUCGUGGUGGUACCUGAUUACGCUGGCAAUGGAUUCGUGAAGUCCUCCAUGGCUGCGGUUAAAAACAAGUCGGCUGCUGUGGACCGCUCUGAACGCCUAAGAUCUCAGAAGAACGAGACGUUUUCAGAUGAUUUCAAAUCACCUCUAAGGAGCACAGAAUUUUCCUUGCAUCGCAUGUUUCGGCGACCGUCCACCGAAGCCCAGAAGAUUUCAAAGGCAGACUUACAAUUCAACAAGAUUAUUGGAGAGAUAAAGCGCGAAAUAGCAACACAACUAAUAGGUAAGUUAUUGCUGGUCUUUUUAAAGUUAUGCCACUGAUAUUAAUAUUAUAAAGGAAAUAAAGGGAGAUGUAAAGAAUCAACCAUAAGAGGACACAGAAAAAAUCUGAGCCCCAGAUGGGAUUCGAACCCACGACCCUCCGUGUUCUACAUCGGAUGCUCUAACCUCUGACCUGCUGAGGACUCGUUGGCGAGCAAGGGUCAUUUUUAUGGGUUGAACGGCAUCUCGCAGUCACACAGUACUCAUUAAAGUUAAAGUCACACAGUGCUCAUUAAAGUUCCUUUCUACAAAACUUCCUUACUCCAUUAUAAACUUCUCCCUUAACCAGACACUCCCCCGCGCCUAGCACUUCUACCGCCAUUUUUCCUCCUUCGAAGGGUGGGUGAGUUACUCGUGAAAAUUUUUAAAAAAAUGAAGAAGAAAAGAGAACUUUAUUUAUAGAUAUACUCAUACCUUUUUAUUGGUAAAGAGAGUAUCAGGAGAUGCAGCACUACUGUCUUCUCCCUUCCGCCCUUUCCUUUAGAUCCCUUUCUUAAAGCCUGAUGAUAAGACUGCUGCCGGGCUCCCUAAUCAGUUUUGGUUUAGUGAUUAACUUUUCAUUCUCGAUAAAGGCCACGAUAAAACAUCUUGAGAUUCGUUUUGCCAAAGAGGUCUCAUUUGAAUGGUAACACCACAGGAUUUUGUAAAGGUAUAAUAAAGGCUAUAAAAAGGGGAAAGGGUAUAAUAAAGGCUAUAAAUCAUUGUCUCAGCCGUAAUCAGGGGUCUUCCUAUUUCUUGCUUUAGAUGAUCGUGGUCGUUCAGGCGUGGUAUCCGUAAGACUGGGGGCAAGCUCUAUCGCCUCUGCUUCCAAAAUGUCUCAGAUCAUCAAAGAGGUCAACUGUACUUUACCUGUAGCCAACUGUUCUGACACUGAGUAUCACUCGCGCUACCGAACGUUUGACGGCACCUGUAAUAACCUUGACAAUCCCACAUGGGGAGCCGCGACAACACCCUAUACUAGGAUACUGGACCCAAUCUACUACGAUGUGAAUGGUCUGUCAGAUCCAGUUGGAUUCCCCGAUCAGCCGUAUGCGCCAGAUCUUCCAUCACCGCACCGCGUAAGCAAAGAGUUUCUUAUUCACGUUACGGAGGCUACUGGAAACAAGAACAACUACUCGCAUAUGCUAAUGCAGUGGGGACAGUUCUUGGACCAUGACAUUUCUUUUACAGCAGAGAGCGAAGGUGGCGAAAAAUGUUUUUUGCCAAAGUAGGUUUAUAUUUUACUGCUCUUUUUGUCAGGACUAAUAAUUUUAUUUGUGCAUGUUUUCUGAAUUCACCAUUUGCGCAUCUUCCAUAAUGGAUAGAGAAAACUAGAUGUAGUUUUGGGUAUACCUUACGACAAAAUUUUCUUGAUUCUUCGAUGGUGUUUUCAGAAAAUUAUUGUUAAUCGCUCUGGGGGAAUUCAUAGCAGAACUGGGUAGAAAAUUGAAUUUGCGACCUUGAAAUGGGAAUUGGCUGAGUUGUUAUGGGAUGUUUUCCUUACUAUCAUUUAUGUAAAUCUUCGUGUUCUUAUGUAAGUAAUACUGCGUCUGUUCUUUUAGCUGUGAUGGAUUAUUUGAAGAUUUUGAGCCUCCUUGCUUUCCAAUAAUGUAUCCAGAUGAGUCUGGGUGUACUAUGUUUACCCGGUCAGCGGCCGCAUGCCAAAAUGAUAACGAGAAUGUAACUCCUCGGGAGCAGCUGAACACUAUCACCUCGUUUAUCGAUGGAUCACAAAUAUAUGGCUCCAGUAAUCACGUAGCUGAGCGUCUUAGAGACUUUGAAUGUAAGUAUUAAGCACUGACAAAUUGGAAAAGAAAAUUUUCACUGGACUGAUUUCCAGAAUUUUACUGUAGGCUCUUGUUUUCGUAGAUAAAAAAUUUUGUUCCACUUUGUCUCCCUUCACCCGGGCGAUGGGUAAAGGCGAAAAAUAUUCCUGGAUUAGCAUUCCAUCCAAGGGGAGAGGUGGAAGGGGGAGCAAUACUAGUCGCUUCAGGCCACGAAAACAAAGUUAAACGCCGUGUUGAUGGGCUACAUGGUUUGUAUGUCGAGUUCACCUCUUUUCUAAACCGUGUGGAAGACAGAUAGGGAGUACUGUGGUGUGUCCAGUACCAGCCAUUGUUAAUGAUUUUUUCCACGUUGGGUGUUUGUAUUAUACCUGCCGUUCCAUUUGCCUUGCCUUUUGAUCCUCAGCAAACAAAGGUACCAUGAGAAUAACUCGGCCGAGAUAUCUCCUACCACAUGUGCAGUCACCGUUCAAGCCACCCCUUAACCUGUGUCAAUUAUUCGGUGGAUGCUUCGAUGCUGGCGACUUCAGAGUCAAUGAACAGAUCGCACUCGCAUCCAUGCAUACCUUGUGGGUCAGAGAGCACAACCGAAUAGCAGAGAGUCUUAACCAAAUCAACAAACACUGGAAUGCGGAAAAGGUAUACCAAGAGACUAGAAAAAUAGUCGGGGCCGUGCUUCAGCACAUAACAUAUAAUCAUUACCUACCGAAAAUUCUGGGUAACAAGGCCUUGCCACUUUAUCGAGGAUACAGAAAUGUACACCCUGGCGUCCUGAAUGUGUUUGCGUCCUCCGCGUUUAGGUUCGGCCACAGUAUGGUAAGACCAAAGUUUUCAAUGCUUGAUGCAAAUUUUGAUCCGAUUGCUCCAGAAGUGCCUCUCAUCAAGGCGUUUUUCAAUAACAAACUUGUGCAGGGAGAAGGCAUUGAACCUGUUCUCCUUGGACUUGUAGCCAACGAUUCGCAGGGCACCAACCGAAUAAUGGCUGCUGGGCUUACAAAGCAGCUGUUCCAGCAGCCUGAAUCUGAACAUGGCUUUGAUCUGGCGGCACUCAAUAUUCAACGCGGCCGUGACCAUGGUCUCCCUGGUUACGGUGCCUGGAGACGCCAAUGCAAUCUCUCACACGCAGACAUUUUUCAAGAAACAAACUUUGAAAUCAAAGAUGCUACCGUUAGGAAGUUACUCCACGAUUUGUACGAAGACGUGGAAUAUGCGGACCUGUGGGUGGCAGGUCUGGCUGAAGAUCCUAUUCCAGGUGCCAUGGUUGGCCCCACGUUUCACUGCAUUAUCAAAGAACAAUUUCGUCGGCUACGUGAUGGUGAUCGUUUCUGGUUCGAAAACCAAGGGGUUUUUAGCGAUGAACAAAUUGCUGAACUCCAUAAGACUUCAUUGUCGCGAGUGUUAUGCGAUAACGUGUUUGGCAUUGUUUCUGUUCAGCGAGAUGCCUUCAUCACCGCAACUGAUGAACUGAAGCGUGUUGAAUGUACGGGGAUCCCUGGUAUGGACUUAAGAAAGUGGAGAGAAAGCCAGCCUUCACCACCAGAAACAUGUAAGUGUCUUAAUCUUCUUCAUCUUCUGAGUGCAUUUAAACUUAUGGAAGUUUUGGAGUCUCAAAGCCACCAUUAUAACGAUUACUGUUACUAUAGAAAUUUGUCCCUUAGCCGAUCGAGCUGGCAUGACUGUCCGUAUACACGGGUGGGCUGCAUUUCUAGUGCGUCACUGGUUUCCUUAAUUGUACGCAUGCAGAGCCUAUUGUCUGCGUUUCAUUUUUCUGGCCGAGAAAAAAAAUGAAAAGGAAAAAAAAUAAUAAAAAUAACAACUUUUCGUGCAAGGAUUAACUUACAACGGUUAUGUGCCCAGUUGUCCAGUGAAGGUUCUCACGACGCAUAAAUUAUUUCACGUUACGACUUACGUCGCUGUUCUUUUUAUUUGCAAGUAUAACACUGCCAUCCACAACUUAAAUCAAUCAAAUCUCUUACGGGAAUCAUUUAAUUGAUUACAUUACUCUCAAGCCAUGAACACCGAAGAAUGCUUCGCUUGAUUUUUCAGAUGGAACCUGGUCUUCAUGGGUAUACACAGUCAGGAAGCCGACGGGAAGCUGGGCUGUGGCGCUAAAUGGUGACCUGUGUUCUACGUCUGUGAUGGAUAUAGAGUGUCAGCGAGGCGACGGCUCGGCAGCUCAGCUGACAGGGCAGGUUAUUCAUUGUAAAGAGCGUGUGGGUGUAUACUGCAGAAACACUGAACAGACCGGACCUAACAAAAUCUGUGACGACUAUCGCUUUAGAUUUCUGUGCUCCAACAUAGAAAGACCAGGUGAGUCUAUAGCCCUAAAAGUUUUUUCCAAGGUGCACUCUGACAAUAACCUGCGUCGCAGACCCUCUAAAUCUUCUAUGUAGACAAUACAAAUGGUUUAGACGAGUACGUGGGCCGGCUGCAACGCAGGCUAUCUGAUAAACGAUUUUCUAAACUUUUACUUGCUGUGUUUCCCUGUUUUUUGGAAAUUCCCGAGAUCCUUUUCAAUAAAGCAAGUGCAUUUCUUCCCCUUUCUUCUAUGCACAGGCUUCAUUAUCUUUUCCCUUAAAGAAAAUCCGCAAAAAAGUGAGUGCAGCAGUAGAAUGGGCCAUUUUCAAGGUCAUGACAAUAUCAGAAUCAAUUUCGUUAUUGCUUUCUAAUUUAAAGUUGUCAAUACCACUGAGAUUUAAAAAACAAUAUCCUUAAUUUGCACAAGUACACAACAAAUUGCAGGAUUCCGGUAGUCGUAGUAAGAUGACGUCAUCAUGCGAUUGUCCUAUCACGUGGUAGGGCAUGAGUGGAGGAUAGCCGCGUUUACUUUCGCGUCAGCACUCACUUUGCACGGAAAAUUAAACCCUGCGACGGAGAGAUGCUCUACACGUCGUGCUUGGCGUUUGUAAACCAAUAGCUAUCCCACCAUGCUCUGCUCAAGGCAACUUCAUCUAUGUACCUUGUAAUCAACAGCUACCACAACAGGCAUUGAAACUUCAAUGUCUUGUAAUGACCAGGAGGUCCUUAUUAUAUUGGAAAUUUUAAUUUGUUUGUCUACUACCGAGCUAGAUCACUCACAAAACAGGUUUUCAAGGCUUUCAGAUAAAGAAUGAUGUUCCCUUGUGUAAUUUUUCAAAUGAUACCCUCUCUUGUUUCUUUAUUUUAAAGUAUCAUAAGAGUCAAUUUGUCUUCAUUUUUUUUUAUUUUUCAGUGUCGCAGGAAUUCACAGCUUUAGAGAAUUCAACAUUUAAUGCACAACUUGCAACACAAUGCGACACAUGUAAGAAUUAAGUAAACACUAAUUUUACUUAGGGUAUAAAAUCUUAUUGUUAUAGCCAUGACCAUUCAUAACUGAUAUGGACAACAAAGAACUAAUCACUUCUCGAAACACAGCGAUAAAGUUCUUCGUCAAGCAAAGAAAUUACGCGCAAACAAGUUUCAUAUUUUGGCCUUGCUUCUUAUUGGCUAAUAAGGAAGCGUCAGUUAUCUGUUUAAGCCAAUCAAAACGUAAGAGCAUUGAGCGUUCGAGAUUAUAUCUUUUAUAAACGAGGAAUUUAGUUGUUUCUAUUUAUUUUGAUUAUCACCGUUUCUUAAACGAUCAGUCUUUGUUUCUUAAAUUAACAGGCACUGUUUCACUUAUACAGUGGGUUGUUAAUACCAUGGAAUCCACUGGACGGCCGGGCCAUCACAACACACGCUGCGUGAAAGAUUUAGAAAGGGACGUCCGCAUACUAAUUUUAAUAGUAGUUUAAUAUUAGUUAGGGAAUAUCAUUAGGAAGCGGAUAUACAAGUUCGGUCUUCGUCUAGCACAUGUCCGUUUGAAACUUAUUCUCGAGAAUCAUAGUCAGCUUCCAUAGUCGUAUGGCACAACUGCUGAAACUCAAUUUUCUUAAUAGGGAGACACCCGACCGACUUCCCUUUAUCAUUCAAAGUAAUUGAACACGUCACCAUAACCCAUGCUUAUAACACCGAGCUAAGCAGAAAACACAUGUUCGCCGGAAAGAACAAAGGACAACCCAAGAAGCGCUUUCUUAUUGCUUUCGAUACAAAGAAAAUUACAAGGAGAGCCAUAGUACAUUCAGCAAAACUGUAUCUUUAUCUCGCUGGAUUUGGUAUUAGUGAUGUGGGAGAUGACAUGGCAUCAAUUCCAGCCAAUACAUUGGAGGUGUAUCAGAUCAUCAGCACAGACUGGAAUCCUAAGAACACGACCAGUGUGAUUCCAUGGCAUCAAGAUUAUCUGGGGAUUGGAAAAGACGUCUCAAAGAUUAAGUACGUGAACAAUUUUCAUUUCAAUUAAAAACGUCAAAAACAAUUCGUGAAGUUUACUUUGCUCUUUAAACAGAGACUUUGUUUUAGUAUACCUCUCCACAGCCAAAAGCGAGACCCUAGUGUGAAAGGUGUAAAUGAAAGAAAGAGGAUCGUAGACCAACUUUGUCCGGUUGUAACUAGUGGUAUUGAUACGGCAAGUCUCCCUAUUCGAGUCUGUGUAUAGACGCCCUUCCCUACCCCCAGUCCCCGCAUUCAAGAUUUUUUUCCUCAGGGUAGAGGGCUGAUUUAAUCUCUAAAUCAUCCGGUUCCAUCGCGCCCAUUCAGGCGUUUAAAUCUACAAGUAUCAAAAUUGGGUAGCACGACCUCCUCCACACUGCCUAUAAAAUCCCUGCCUUAAUCUUCAACCUUUUUGAAAUGUUAAAACGUUUGAUUUCGUUUACACAGAAUAGCAGAAAGUGAUGUCAUUCGACCAGGAGAUGGGCAACGAUGGAUUGAACUGGAUGUUCAAUAUGCUAUAAUAAACUGGCAAAUACGACAACAGCCAAAUUAUGGGCUCAUGUUCAAGAGCAAAAGAGAAUCUAAUGCAAACGCAGUGAUGAGAUUCGCUUCUAGUGAUCAUCCCCUUGGUGAUAUACACCCCAAGCUUGUCGUGUGUGUUAGUGUCCCUCCGUGGUAGCUAAUACUCAGAACAGAGCUAGCUGUUUUAACUUAGUUAUUUUUCACCUAUUUUGUGGAAGAAAUCUCUACGGACUAGAACCCAGACCACAUUUGUCAGGGAGGAAAGAGCUCUGAACACUGGCACAUAGUUUUAAAUGAAAUGAGAAAAUGCAGUCGCAC